ACUUUAACCGCCUCCCCCUCCGUAUCCACCGCCUUCUUGUAACCUACGCACCCAUCUCCUUCCCCAAAAAAUCAACCAUCUACAAUGUCCAGCGAGCCCUACGACCCCUACGUCCCCCGCAAUGGCUCAUCCUCCGGUGCACCUGCGCCAGGAGCCGGUGGAGCCGGGAACAGCAAAACAGCUGCCAUCCAGCAGCAGAUCGAUGAUACCGUUGGUAUCAUGCGGGAGAACAUCACCAAGGUUGCCGAGCGAGGAGAGAGGAUCGACGUCCUCCGUGACAAGACUGACAACCUCGCUAUGUCCGCACAAGGGUUCAGGCGUGGCGCUAACCGUGUGCGUAAGAACAUGUGGUGGAAGGACAUGAAGAUGCGUAUCCUCAUCGGUGUCGGUAUUGCCGUUCUCCUAGUGAUCAUCAUCGUCCCCAUCGUCAAAUCCGUUCAUCACUAAGCUUGUACACCUCGCUUCUCCCUCCGUUCGUACGCAGUACGUAUAUCCGGUGGACGUUCCGGCACGAACCCUUGUUUCCCAUAUUCUCUUCCUUUCCACUUACGUUUCACGUUUUAUUGCUCUGAUGCGUGUCCAACGAAUGCAACUAUUUGAUGAGGAGUGUGUUGGAGCAGAGUGGCCAGCGUGCCGUGUGGAUCUGUGUUCUGAAUUGUAUGAUAUUU